AUGGAACAUCAUGCGUCUUCUCUGUCAUUAGGUGCUCUGACGAGCGCCGAUAUCGCUUCCUCGCUCGACGCAUAUCCCGGCGAGUUGGCCGACUGGAUCAAUGAACUCAUCGAGGGAGACACUUUGGAUGGAUCGUUCGAACAAGAUGGCACGCUCAAACGUCCAGUCGAUCUCACCGAGCUCGACAGCCGUGUCACGCAACUCGCGACAAGGCUCGAAGUCACCUGUCAGGAAACAUCUAGCCAACUCGAGCAAACCAUCGAGGACAUUUCAAGAAAUGUCCCAAGACUCAACUUUGAUCUCCAAAUCAUGCGCGAGAGCGCCCUUGCACUCCAGCGUGAACUCGGUUCGAUUCAUCGCACGACGAUGGGCACAUCCGCCUCUCAUUCGACCGAAGAGGAGGGUACAACAAAGGCACUGGAACAGAUCCAGUAUCUAGACGCCGUCAAGCGAGGCAUGGAGGCUGCUCGAGCAGUCCUACAAGAAGCUGAAAACUGGAGCACGCUCGAAUCAGAGAUUACCAGUCUACUCAAAGAGGCCUCCUAUGCAAAAGCUGCAUCUCGUCUCUCUGAAGCAGCAAAAUCAAUGUCCGUCUUCGCACACACACCAGAGUAUGAGGCACGAAGGACUCUGAUGAUCAACCUACAAAACCAAACCGAAGCAGCGUUGAGCGCGGCAUUAGUAGCGGCAAUCAACAUGCAGGAUAUUGCCGCCUGCAAAAACUUUCACGACAUCUUCCACAAGAUUGAGCGUGAAGGCGAGUUCAAAAACUACUACUUUGGAGCACGAAGGUUGGCCAUUGUCGAGAUGUGGAGCAAGGCCUCCUUGUCGGAUGUCCAAGGAGAUGGAGGACUUGGGGAUAUGUCACCUCACGCUCUCAUGUUCUCCGAACUCCUGGCCCGUUUCCUCGCCGAAUUGCUCACACUCAUCAACGAGGAAAGAUCCUCCAUUCCUACCAUCUUCUCCACCACUUCUGAUCCCGUCACUAUACUCUCCCUCUUUAUUCAAUCAACCGUCGAAGCCCUUACACCAUCAUUCUCCCAACGGCUGUCUGGAAUGGUGGCGUGGUACGGCACCUCAGCCUUGGUUGAGCUUCUCAAAUCGUUCAAACUCGUCGAAGAGUUUGCCAUCAAAGUUGAAAAAGUGAUGGAGAAAGCAGCCAUCGCAAGGUCCGGAGGGCUAGGGCCUACCUCGCCCCCAAAGGAGGACGCAAAAGGUCACUCGCGAAACAAGUCCAAACGACUAUCUAUGUCGCGACGGAUUCCAAGCAAUCAAAAGCAAAUGCUCAGCCUGGGACUGAGCCCAGAGGCCAUCGACACUACGUGGCAGCACGCACUUUUUGAACCAUUUAUCGACCUCCAGACGGAACACGCCACGCUAGAAAAGCGGCUGCUUGAUGACGCGCUCUCCAAGCUCGAUUCCUCGUACAGAAAGCAACUCGUCAACGUGGACGACGCAGAAGUCAAAGCACGUGUACUGAGAGAAAAAGCGGUCGACGUCUUCGGUCUUGCCGAGGAGUCGUUUGCGAGAUGUCUCAGCUUCACGCACGGCUAUGGCGCCGUUGGGGGUCUCGAGGCCAUCGACCACCUUUUCGAGCAGUUCUUUGCCACCGCUAAAGCAGAUUUUCUGCGAUCCCCAGCGGAUUUAACUGCCAACUCGGAUUCAAGCUCCAUCGACCGGUUCGAUGAGGAACUGCUUACGACAUCCGAACUCGCUGCUUUCCAACUUGCUCUGAACCUACUCAAUACGCAACGAGCCCUCAAGGAGCAGCUUAAACACUUGGACUCGCGCACCAAAAGCGAGCUCGUCUCAGUUUCGCAUGCUCUACGGAUGUCUCAGUCGUUCCCUAAUGGCCAUUCCUUACCGAAUGCCGCAAAGGGAGAGGCAGAGCUACUCGCGCAGUCCGCGAUGAACUCUAUGGAGUUGAAUACGCUUUUAGACACUAUAGAUCCGCCGCCGACCGUACCUGUCUUCACGUCCGCCUCCUCUGGAACAUCAGGCAGUGUUCCUCCAACACCUAUGACAGCAUCCAUAGGAGGGCAGUUGUCGUCAAGUAUGCGUUCGGAACCAACGGCGCCGAUUCGCAUUUCACCUGUCCUUCGGGGGUCUUUCAACGCUCUGAGCGACUUUACCAAAGCCACCCAAGCGUUCCUUCAACAGCUCAUCCUCAGGCCAUUCUUCACCGCACUCUCUACCUAUGCCUCGCAACCUUCUUGGUCACUCACCGAGCAACAGCAGGCCGCAGCCCAAGCCAAUUCAUACGGUUUCAACGUACCAACUUUCUCGCUUAGUGCCACACCCACGAUGCGCAAAGUUAGAGACGGCCUCAUGGCAUUACCGAGAAUGCUCGUCGACUAUGCGGGUGAUGACGACGCAUUGGCAUUUGAGAUCGACAUGCUGCCCUUUUCCGAGCGCAAUGAAGCGCUCAAGGAGUACCGGGAGUGGGUCGCAGCCCAGAUUAUCAACAUCCCACAUCCAGACCGAAACGCGACGGGCUCGCCGCGGAUGAACAGACUGUCCUUAUCUUCACCAUCCGCUAGGCGACUUUCCUUUUCCAGCGCUACGGCUGCGCUCCAACUCCCACCAGCUUCUACGUCAACUCGCCCUCCACAGCUCGCAUCCGAGACGAUUCAGUCGGCGUGGUUGAGUUCAAUCACAUUCUCCCUCCUCUCACACCUGACGACCUCUGUGCUCCCAUCAAUUCGCAUGCUGACGACACUCGGAGCCGCGCAACUGGCAUACGAUUUGGGCGAUCUAGCCAACGUGGCGAGUAUGCUCAAUGCCUAUUGGGAGGACCUAGACCGGUGGCGAGAAUGUUGCGAGCUGAGUAACGAUGAAGGAAAGAGACGGUGGCUGACCGUCCAGGGUGCAUCGGCGUUUGCUCAGGGCGUCAGCAACGCACAAGCUCAGUCUAUCGUCGAUGCGGAUGCUAUUUUCAGAUUAGUAGCCAGAUUGCGUGGAUGGAGUACAUAG